UUGUGAGUCACUGCCAGCUGUUGCCUCCAACAGUGAAGUGACAUCCUGUAUCUGACUUGUAUUUAGCUGGGAGCACAAUGGGAUCGUACUUGAGUGCUCGUGAGACUGAGGAAUGUCCAUGCUGCUCGCUCUCUGUGAAAAUCAUAAGAAUGAGAAAUCUGAGAAAGGCAGAUCUAUUUAGUCAAACCGAUUGCUAUGUAAGCCUGUCCUUGCCCACUGCUUCCCCUGAGACUGUCCGGACCAAAACCAUCAAGAACUGCAAAGAUCCAGUGUGGAAUGAAACCUUUUGCUUCAGGAUCCAAAGCCAAGUAAAAAAUAUUCUCGAGCUGAAAGUCUAUGAUGAAAAUGAAGUCAUUAAAGAUGACCUCCUCUUCACCGUCCUCUUUGAUAUUGCUAAAAUCCAGCUUGGAGAAACAGUUCACUUGACCUUUCAGCUAAAUCCAAAGACAAAAGAGAUGCUGGAGGUUGAGUUUGCAUCGGAGAGCAUUCCGGUCCCUCCUGAAAAGCUUGUCACUAAUGGUGUAUUAGUGUCUCGUGAAAUUUCCUGUUUGGAAGUCCUGGUGGACAACAGAUGGAUGAAGAAAAAACCUUCAGAAAAAGACUUCUUAUUUUCAGUGAAGGGUUCCUAUGAAGACAGACAAACCCUGUUGCUGGGCUCUUCCCAGCGAACUUUGGAGCCCCUGGACUUCCAUUACAUUAAAUAUAGCCUGUCCAAGCUGUGCAUGGCUCUACCUGCGAAGCCUCCUUUCUUCUCGUGUACCUCAGGUGAAGAGAAAAAUAAAGAUUGCCAUGUGUCCUUCACCAUUCCCCUGGAUUCACUUCCCUUCGAAGAGACAGUAGCAGUAACAAAGGAUGAAACAAUCAAUUUACAUGUAAAGUCAAAAGACUGGUCAAGAAACUUAGAUGUUCGCUUGGAGUUUGAUCUGUGUAUGGAGGAGAAAAAUUUCCUGCAGAAACGGAAGAAGUUUGUGGCUUCUGCUCUGAAAAAAGCUCUUUGUUUAGAACAAGAUCUGCAAGACCAUGAGGUACCAGUUGUGGCAGUAAUGACAACAGGAGGUGGCACCCGGGCACUGACAUCUCUGUUAGGCAACCUCUUGGGUCUUCAGAAGCUGGAUCUCUUAGAUGCUAUUUCAUAUAUCACUGGAUCAUCUGGUUCAACAUGGACCUUGUCUCAUUUGUAUCAGAGCCGUGAUUGGUCACACAAGCAUCUGUCUGGACCAAUUGGUGAAGUCCGCAGACACAUGACCAAGAGCAAGUUAAGCUGCUUUUCCCUGGACAGCUUGAAGUACUAUGACAAGGAACUAAAACUGCGGAAGCAAGAGGGAUACCAAAUCUCUAGUGUUGACUUUUGGGGCCUUCUGCUGGAGAAAGCAUUAAGUGAUGGGAAAAACAACCACAAACUCUCAGAUGAGCGACAAGCACUGGAUCACGGUCAGAAUCCCUUACCUAUCUACAUGAUCCUCAACAUCAAAGAAGACUACAGCCUUUCAGAGUUCAAAGAAUGGGUGGAGUUCACUCCUUAUGAGGUUGGGUUUUUAAAAUAUGGUGCCUUCAUUCGCCCAGAGGAUUUUGGCAGCGAAUUCUUCAUGGGUCGCCUGAUGAAGAAGCUCCCUGAAUCCCGCAUCUGCUUCUUGAAAGGCCUGUGGAGCAACGUCUUUUCCUACAAUCUGUUGGAUGCCUGGCAUUCAUCGGAUCCUACAGAAAGGUGCUCACUGAGGUGCACCCAACACAGGAGUGUUGAAGUUGAAGGAGACGAGCCUUCCCUACCAGCCAGGAGCCAUGAGUUGGAGACUUAUUUAGUCACUCCUGAAUGUGGCAUCAUGGGCAUCAUUCGGCAGGUCCUGACUGAGCGGGUGAUGGUUUCUAAGUUCUAUAACUUCCUGAAGGGUUUCCAGAUGCACAAUGAAUACCUCCAGAGCAGAAAUUUCUGCCGAUGGAAAGAUACUGUGCUAGAGAAUUUCCCCAACCAACUGACAGAAACAGCAGAGUUCAUGUGCCUGGCAGACACAGCAGGAUACAUCGAUAUCAGCUACCCGCCACUCAUGAGGCCAGAGAGGAAAGUGGAUGUUGUCCUACACUUAAACUAUUCUUCUGGAUCACAGACAUCGCCUUUGGAAGAAGCCUCCAAGUACUUCCAAAAGCAAGGAAUCCCAUUUCCCAAAAUACAUCUGAGUGAAGAAGAAAAGAAAAAUCUAAAAGAGUGCUACAUCUUUGAAGAUGCAGAGAUCCCAGAAGCGCCAACAGUGGUGUUUUUCCCACUGGUGAAUGAUACCUUCAGAAAAUACAAGGAGCCUGGUGUGGAGCGCAGUCCAGCUGAGAUGGCGCAGGGCAAUGUGGAUGUUUCCAGUGUUUUUUCCCCAUACUGCUUAAACAGCUUUACCUACACAGAGGAAGAGUUUGACAAGCUAGUAGAACUGACCAGCUACAACAUUCAAAACAACAAAGAUCUGAUCCUUCAGGCUUUGAAUUCUGCUAUAGAGCAGAAACGACAAUACAAAAAAUGAAUGCUGUCCUGAGUUUCAAAAUAUUUUUUUCCUGCAAAGAAUCAAGACCUGUUGGUGAAUGAACAUGAUGGACUUGGAAAGUACCAAGACUUGUCUCAGCCUGUGGCUCCUCUAUCCACAUGGCAAUGCUAGAUAAACGAAUCAAACAAAAUAAUUAUUAGUCUCGUGCUUUAUUUAUGUUGGACUGCAGGGCUGAUGAAUAUUUUUUCUUGUACAUACAUGUAUAUGCAUUAAAUUAAAUCUUAAGAAGUAUUGGGCUUAUUGAUGAAUUUUAAAAAUUAUGAAUGUGGUACAGCAAUAACGAUUCUUUCAAAAUUUACUGUACUAGUAGAAGUUAUAGAUGAAGUGAAGAUAAAUGAGGUACAGAUAUUUAAUCCAUUCUAAUCUAGUGCAACAGAAAAAUACAUAAUAAAUGUGAAGCAUUUCAAAGACAAGGAAAAACUGUAUUUUUGUAUAGUGUCACCAAGAACUUUGCUGGAAAUAACAUGCAAAACUAAACAGGAAAAAAUAUAGAAAACCUGAGAUUUCAUGUGGAAAAUACAGUUUUUCUAUACGUCUGGAUUUACAAGUUUUAUUACACCAGCAAUAUUUAAGUAUGGAAGAUCCUUUGGAAGUGACCUUUCCAAAUUGCGUUGCAAGUCAGGAUUGGCUGUACUGGUGUGUGUACAAGUACUUAACCUAGGGUUGUGCUUUUCACUGGAUGCUUAUAGUAUUCAGAGGAUCCAGCUGAGUAUCUAUGUCACAUCAAUUCAAACAGGUUUACUAGUACUUCUUGUUAUUGUAGAAUGGGAUGCUGUGAGAUUAAUAACAUAAAUGGAACAAGGUAAUUUGUUGAAACUUUUGAGAUUAAGACCAAAAUAAUAAUUUGCAUUAUGAAGUAUUUUAAUAACACAAGUACUCUGUAAACCUGUUUAAUUACAACAGAUAUGUUAAUCUAAAAAAAGAUAUGAUGCUUCAGUCAGUAUCAGCGGCCCUUAAUUACUUCAAAUUUAAAUGAAAUGCAGUAAUUUGCUUGUGCUGAGGUAACUUGCAUUGGCAUGCACAGAAAUAUGCACAAUACAAUCACAGCCAAAACAAAAUAAAUCCUUAGUUCAAAAUGAAAUUUGAACCUCUAAAAGGCUGAAAAUUUCUCAUUCAUCUUGCUGUCAUUGUAAGUCUCUCCUGUCAAACAU